CACAGUCCUAGAUUGUCGCAGACAUCCGGCACCGCAACGGCACAUUUGCAAUUUGCUCAUGUAAAUGCAGGCAAAAUCAGGAAAAAGCAGAGUUACGUUGGCUUCUUCGAACAUCCACGCCCACACAUCUUACAUUCGUCUAUUGUUCUGACCUAUUUCCCAUCUGCUAUGUUUGCUACUGUUUUAGAAGAUGCCAUUAUGAAGAUCAAGGUUUUGAUUGACGCCAACAAUGAAAGUGCAUUGGACAAGUUUUUGGUGGACAUGGACAUGCAUAUCAGGAAAAGAUACGGCGUUGCAGAACCGUUAGUGAAAGAUGAAUUGGAAUAUUGUAAAGGCAAUCGUAGCCUUGAAAGCGAUGAAUUCAAACUGCGUAAAAUGGAUGAUGAUAGGACUUUUUUCACCGAAGUAAUGCGCGACACAUACAUAGACAUUGCGCUCCAUCUACACUACAACACACUAACUGCUACAAACAGUGAAAUCACUGAACGCAAAAAGGCUUACUUAGCGAUUAAGGAAGCGGUAAGCAAAAAUGACAUACGUUGUAAGGAAAUGCAAAAACAAAUACGGCUAUUAUGCAAGAAAAACAAAUGUAUAUUAUAUGAUGCCAAUGCCUUUCUGGACAAACUUCAGAAAAAUGUUGAAGACGCUGAAGUAACCCAAGAAACACAAGGUCGAUACCUGGAAAAAUGGGAGAAUGCGCGCAAAGAGCAACACAGAGUAGUAUUAGGAAAGAUUGAAACGGAAUCCACUAAAAACAUUCGGUAUUACAGAGACCAAAUGGAACAGGAACAAGUUGUACAUUCAGAAAUUGAAACGCUUGUAAACUUGGCUAUCAACGAUACCAUAGAUCAAGUGCAGACAUGGAUGGAAAAGUAUGAUGUAGAUAUAGAAGAGAUGGAUCUGAAGAUUCAAGUGAAAAAGAACGAAUACGAAUUGGAGCGUGAAAAGCGGAUGAAUAUCGAAGAAAAGUUAAAGCGAAAUGAAAAAGAAUUGAAUGAUUGGAAUGAAUUCAAGCUCCAACGUGAAAUCGCUCAGAAGUAUGCUAGCGAUAUGAAUCGUUGUGCAAUCAUUGUCCAAAGUUGGUGGAGAGGACUGCUCGUGAGGCAUCAGCUUGGGCCGUACAGGCCACCUAAGAAGAGGAGGGGGAAUAAAAAGGCAUAGGCACGUCCUUGAUACUGUCAUUAGCCACGCCGUCUCCUAUCAAUUAGUCUCUGUACACUAUGUCUUGUAGAAAAUGUCGUAAGAUAAGAGAAGUGUCUAAGGGUCUUAUUCUAGAACUCUACUCAUUGCUCAAGUCAGGAUCUGAGUAUGAUUUCAAGCACUGGAAAUACGACCCU